GGAUGUAUUUCAAUGUCUGUCUGUUUUUAACACACUAACGUUAGGUUAACGUUACAUGGUAACGUAGCGUAUGCUGCUAGCCAGUUUAUAUCAUUGUCAGCUAGCGAGCUAUCACUAGCAUCAAUCUACAGUGUUACGUUAGUCUAUACAAUUAUGUUGAGUGACUCAUGAUUACAAAACCGUAUCACGGUCAGCCAAACAGCAGUUAGCUAACAUAAAGGAAAGAGUGGACAAAGACGAGGAGCGGGACACCAAUACAUUCUACAGAGAUGGGUGCUGUUGUUUCCCGGUGGAAGGCUAAACCAACGACGGUGGAACUUCUAGAAGGCAUUGACAAGGAUAUUAAGGACCUUGAGGAAUUUAGAGCGAAGAAUCAGAGACUGGAGAAGUUGUGGGUGGGAAGACUACUUCUGUAUUCAUCUGUGCUCUAUCUUAUUACUUGCAUAAGUGUUUACUUCUGGUAUCUCCCCGAACAAUGGACAGGACGCAUCGUGAUGACUUUGCCCUUAUUUUUAUUUCCUAUAUUAGUGUGGUUUAUGAGGAAGCUGCUGAUAUUCCUUUUCUCAAAGCGAACAGAAAGAAACAAUGACAAACUAGAAGAUUUAAAAGUUGAAAAAAGAAAAAUCUUGGAAGAGGUGAUGGAGACUGAAACCUACAAAAAUGCCAAGUUAAUUCUUGAGAGGUUUGAUCCUGAAGCAAAUAAAAAAGUGGAAAUGGAAUACACACCAGUCAGGCCAGGUCAGAUGACUCCUAGAACGGGCCAAGAACUCCGUCAACGCAACAUAGCCAUAAGGCCCCCUGUCAUGGGAACUCCCAUGACCCCCCCUCCUGGUGUCUGCCCCCCCAUGGGCGCUGUAGCCACACCUACUGGUCCCCUUCCUCACUCGGCCCCAGGUGGGCCCCCAGGAGGACCCCCGGAUAGAGGCCUGUCUGCUGCGGUCGCCCAGCAGACCAUGAUGAGGAGACCCCCUAUGACCCCCUGUACCCCUAUCCCAGGAAUGGGUAUGCACCCCCCAGGCCCACCCCUGGCCAGACCCGUCUUACCUCGAGACAGAGGUGCUGUGGACAGAGUCAUCGAAUACCUUGUGGGAGAUGGCCCUCAGAACAGAUAUGCCCUUAUAUGCCAGCAGUGCUUCUCCCAUAAUGGCAUGGCAUUAAAAGAGGAAUUUGAAUAUAUUGCUUUCAGGUGUGCUUACUGUUACGUCCUGAACCCUGCAAGGAAGACCCGACCUCAAGCACCAAGACUCCCAGAAUUUAGCUUUGAGCGGAGAAUGCGCUCGGAAUCACCCACCCCAGAAAAAUCAGCGGCAUCAGAGGCCACUGAUGAGAGCGCAACCCCCUCUGGAGCUGAUCAAAGUGAAGACUGUGGUCCCAGUCAUGUGGCUACCAGGGUGCCCACUGUGUCUUUAGCAACUGCUUCAUGGAGUUCAGUGCACAGUUUCGCCAUUGUCCACCAUCACCACAAAGGUCCCAUCUUACCACAGCCUGAUGAGAAGGAGCUGGAGGCCCCUUCUGAUGAAGUGGAGCCCCAAGUUGAAAAGGCCCAGUCUACAGAGGAGACCCCAGACCCCAAUGUAGAGAAACCAGAGGCCGCAGAGACCGUACACACAGAAGAGGAGCCUGAGAGACCAGGAGAAAAGCAAGAAGUCCCCCAGUUGGAAACAGAGUAGAAAACAUUGAAUCCCACCCUCCCGUCCAUGUAUAUCAACUGACAUGGUGCAGUGUUUAAAAUCAUGUGGUACCCAGCUCCUGGAUUUACAUAAGCUGCUUGUAAUGCACAAUGUUUUAUGUAGAUGUUGUUUGGUAGUGAAAUAAUAAUCUAUUUUGCUUGGAGUUUACAUAUUAUAUACCUUUCCAGUCAAGUUGCAUUCAAACCCAUAUAGAGCAAGAAUUGACCACUUUUUUCUCUCUCACUUAAACCAUAACUUUGCGGGUGUGUAGAGAGCCUUUCUUACAUUGACUUUGAUUAUCAAAAUUACUGAUUUGGCAAAUCCACCUUUUUUUUUUGAAAAUAUAAAUUUGCCAAAUGCACUGGUCCUGUCUCGUUCCUGAUUUGCACUGAAUGUGUUAUUUAUUAGGCUAGACAAUAAAUAGUUAAGACAUGUUUUUAAUUUGCUUACAGCAGUUCUGUUGUGCCUUGCUAUGUAAAUAUUGAAAUGUGUCCGCUCAUAAGCCUAGUUUGUAAACAAAAGUUUUGCCUACAGAGUGAGAAUAUAAUUAAUUUGAAGAUACUAUUUAUUCUGGCUAAGAAAUAAAUAAAAAUGUCAUUUUGUGUUGGA